GGAAUCUGUUCGCGUGCGCAGCCGCUGAGCGCUCCGGGUCGGACACGUUCUUCUGUCCUGCUCCGCCCGAGCGGGAGGUGCCACCCGAGGCAGCGGAAGCAUGCUGAUCCCAUUUUCAGUGAAGAAUUGCUUCCAGUUACUUUGCAACCACAAGGUUCCAGCAGCAGGCUUUAAAAACACUACAAAAGGUGGACUCAUGUUACAGUCUAUUUCCAAUGAUGUGUAUCAAAAUCUGGCUGUAGAAGACUGGAUCCAUGACCAUGUAAAUCUAGAAGGCAAGCCAAUUCUUUUCUUUUGGAAAAAUUCUCCCUGUGUUGUAAUUGGUAGGCAUCAGAAUCCUUGGCAAGAAUGUAACCUGAAUCUGUUGAGAGAAGAAGGUAUAAAACUGGCUAGGAGAAGAAGUGGAGGAGGAACUGUUUACCAUGAUAUGGGUAAUAUCAAUUUGACUUUCUUUACAACCAAAAAAAAGUAUGAUAGAAUGGAAAAUCUGAAAUUAAUUGUGAGAGCACUGAAUGCUGUCCAACCCCAGCUGGAUGUACAGGUUACCAAAAGAUUUGACCUUUUACUUGAUGGACAGUUUAAAAUCUCAGGAACAGCCUCAAAGAUUGGCCGAACUACUGCUUAUCACCAUUGCACCUUAUUAUGUAGUACGGAUGGAACCUCUUUGUCCUCUUCACUAAAGAGCCCUUACCAGGGGAUCAAGAGCAAUGCCACUACUAGCAUACCUUCUUUAGUGAAAAAUCUUUUGGAGAAAGAUCCCACUCUGACCUGUGAAGUACUGAUGAAUGCUAUUGCUACAGAGUAUGCUGCUUACCAUCAAAUUGAGAAUCACAUUAACCUAAUAAACCCAACAGAUGAAACACUGUUUCCUGGAAUAAAUAGCAAAGCCAAAGAACUACAAACUUGGGAAUGGAUAUAUGGCAAAACGCCAAAGUUUAGUAUAAACACUACUUUGAAUGUGUUACAUGAACAGUCACAAUUGGAAAUUAAAGUAUUCAUAGAUAUAAAGAAUGGAAGAAUAGAAAUCUGCAAUAUUGAAGCACCAGAUCAUUGGUUACCAUUGGAAAUAUGUGACAAAUUAAAUUCAAGUUUUAUUGGCAGCAAGUUUUGCCCAACUGAAACUAUCAUGUUAACAAACAUAUUACUUAGAACAUGCCCAGAAAAUCAAGAACUACACAGUAAAUGGAAUAUUCUCUGUGAAAAAAUUAAAGGAAUAAUGUGACUCCAACUAACUUUCUUUAUGUUGUCGGUUUCAAAGAGCAAAUAAAACCUUUAAAUGCAUUGUAUGCCUGAAAAAGAAAAGAGCUGAGCAUAGUGGCAUCUGCUUGUAAUCCCAGCAGGCUGAGGUGGGAGGGUCAUCAAAGUCCAGUAGUUCAGUGGUAGCCUGGACAACAGUGAGGACCCUGUCUUGGGGGAAAAAUGUCUAGUCUCUUUCAGUAACUUCUCAUUUGAAAUUGUUUAUUAC